UUUUUGCUUGUUUCGUGUGGAAAGAAUUUCCUGUUGGGGAUUUUCCAAGCAAUUUGCAAUGUUUACCAUUUUAACCAGUUGGAACAGUUGAACGCUGCAUAAAAGAGAAAAGAAAUUGUAAAGAAGCACAUAUUUUCAACAACUGAAGUAAGACAAUAACAAACUUAACAAAGAUGUAUAGUAAACCUGUUGACGUGUUCGUAGGUGUGUGUUUAUUUUUUCUGCUGCAAUAUUGUGCUGUAGGAUAUACUUUGAAAGAACUUGCGAAUGAGAUUGAAGCUGCGACGAGAAUUUUAAAUCGAGACGUCAAAAAUUUCCACGAAAUAAAGAGAAUGAACUAUAACUUGGGCGGAGAUCUACCAAAUUUACCUUCUGGAAUUCCAAAAUCUUUUAAAUGUCCAAGAAUACCGUCACCGAGAAAUGGCGUCGUAAAAUGUGGAGGCUCGUUAUGCUUAGUGCAGUGUAACCCAGGUUUUAAACAUGAUAUCGAUCAUGCCUUUGUGUAUAACUGCAGCGGUGAAAUCGGAGAAUGGUCAACCAUACCAAAAGGAAAACCUAUUCCAUGGCCUAAUUGCAAGAUGUCAUCAACAGAACUGUCCAAAUCAAAGAGGACGGACAAUGGCUUAAGCGAAGGGCUUCUUGCUGCACCUCAAGGAAUCCCCGAAAAUUCUAAAUGUCCAAGAAUACCAUCGCCGAGAAAUGGAGUUGUAAGAUGUGGGGGUUCAUUGUGUUUGGUGCAGUGUAAUCCGGGUUUUCAACACGGCACCGACACCGCUUUUGUGUAUAAAUGCAAUAAAGAUAUUAGAAAGUGGUCAACCUUACCGAAAGGCAAACCAAUUCCAUGGCCCGACUGCACGGAGAGUGGAUUAAAUUAAAAACAAUGAAGCCUUUGGAUCUCUAUCUCCAUUGCUUCCAGCUAUCUCUUUUGAACACGACACGCGUGCAGGGAGAUUUUUUAAUGUAUAGAUGUAUUGUAUCUUAGUUAAAAGUUUCUUUAAAUUUUUAUUUA